GUGGAUUAGGGCAGCGGUAUAAUUCUUCUUCCCCCCAUUCUCCAGCGUCUCAUUGGAAAGGCGAUAUAUAUAUUUCCCACGGCACUGUCUUUGAUCCAAAAUGCCGAUCAGGAACAAUUGAAUUUAGGCCCACUUGAUAAAUGCCAAUCACCGAGGAAACAUUUACAGGAGAAAGAUGGGUCGACCAAGCGGCCGCAGCAAUGCAGAGCGACGGAUCAGCAUCCUGGCACAUCAUGGGAGGUCGUGCCGGAUUGUCCCCCGCUAGGCUGGCUAGCCGCGGGGGAGUCGGGGCUUAUAUAAAGAGACUCCGGUGUCCCUCGAGGUGGCUUAUCGCAACCCUUCAUUGCUUCCUGAAAAAUGUUCCAAUUACGCCCCAUCACAGCCGAAGACAUCCCCUAUCUGGUUGAUCUGUGGCACCUCGCCUUCACCGGCCCGAUCAAUGAACGCCUCUUCCCCGACACUCCCGGUCUGCGUGCCUGGGGGGAGCACUUCCACCGGUCCAGUCUGACUGGUCCUAAUCAGCGAUAUCUGAAGAUUAUCUCCGAUGCAGAGUCCGCGCCUCCCUUUGUCGCCUUUGUGAAAUGGGAUCUCGACACGGCAUCCCCCAACCCGGAACAUCGAUUCCCCCCGUGGCAUGCCGACUCAGAUCGGGAUUUCUGUGAUCACUUCUUCAGGGCGAUGGACCAGGCCAGGAAAACCAUCAUGCGGGGUAGAAAACAUUACUAUCUCGACACUCUGGCCACACACCCCGACUACCAGCGCAAAGGAGCGGCAUCGAUGCUCAUCCAGUGGGGAUGUGAAGUGGCCGAUCGGGAGGGAAUGCCGAUCUGGGUGGAUGCCAGCGAGGACGGAGCAGCGCUGUACAAGCGCUUUGGGUUUCAGGAUGUCAGUGUGCCCGGGGUGACGCCCGAGGGCGCCAGCUCCAUGCUGCGGGAACCUGUCCGCCGAGACACCUCAUGAUCAUACAUUCGCUUGGUUUAUUUUACAGUAUCCUAUAGUACAGUAGGUUGAUUAUAGGUCCGCCAUCUCAAUGUACUCCGUAC